GCGGAACAACAGCGAUGCAUUUCUGUUAUUGAAUGGUGACGGUAGAAGUGUCUCUCUUUCUCAGAAAUACAAGGCGAGUCAGACCGUGACCGUACAGGUUUUGUCUUCUGAAUACGUCGGAUUUUUCAUUUUAACUACAGUGUUUGUCACUUGACGUUAAGAGAGAUGAGCGCACUGCUGUUUGCCGAUCAGGAGAACGUGGGGCUGAGGGUGCCUCCCAACAAGGAUCGCCUGCGACUCAAGUCUGCACCUGAGCUCCAGGGAGGCCGAGUGUUCAAGACUCCGUGCGCACCUUUCACCCCCCUGCCGCGGCCUGCGCUUGGCUCCAUUAGGAAGGCCACACACACACACACACCCCUGAGCAGCGGCACACACACCCCCAACGUGCGCCUGCAGAGAGAUGCCCUUCUGCGUUGUCGUGAGAAGGAACCCCAGCAGCAUGUGGAAGAUGAAGAGCCGGAGAAGAUGUUCCCCUACAGUCCUGACGAGUUUGAGCAGUAUGACCUGGCUGAUGUGGUGUACCUGGGCUCUCUUCCCCUUGCCGGAGUACCACGGCUGCCAUGGCAACCUGUGAUUCCAGAGACUGAUGAAAUCACCUUGGAGCCGUGUGAACCUCUGGCCCCCUUCUACUCGGAGGAUUAUGCAACGGAGUUGGAUGAUUUCCUGCUGACGAUUGACGAGCUGAUCGUUGACCUCCCGCCCCCUCCAGAGGAUCCGCUCGACCUUUGACCUCCCGCCCCCUCCAGAUGAUCAGCUCGACCUUUGACCUCCCGCCCCCUCCAGAGGAUCAGCUCGACCUUUGUCCUCUGCCAUGGGGGGGGGUUGAGUGUACAUUUGUGGUUUUGGCCUCUGUCUUCCUGUUGUGAUCUUGUACAUUGUGUGAUGUGUUCAAUAAAGUUCCCUCUUUUAA